AUGCAUCCUGGAAGCACCCCUCACAAUGUGAGUGGUGUGCUGAGCUUCCAGCAAGCCACAUCUACCAAUCUCCAAUUGGCAAGCAGCACACAAAGACAUCCAUUACAUGGAGGAAUAUCCAAAGAUGGUAAAGUCUGUUGGCUCUACAGUGGCUCCAUACUUGAGGUGGUAUCUUGUAACACAAGGAAUUGCCUGGCAGCUUGGAAUUUCGGUAAUUUCUCUCAUGAUGCUGAAACCAUUGUUCAAUGUGUGAGUGAAUUCUGGACUGGUGAUUCUUUGAAACUGAUGGUUGGUUUGAAAACCAGUUCUACCAGCAGUAAUGGUCUGCUGUGUGUGCUCCAUAUUGGCCUCUCAAAAGUGGUAAAAGCUAUUGAAAUCCCUUUCCCGGUUACAAGUGUUGAAUGUGUAACGAGUUUACUUGGUAACGACUUCCUUGUUUGGUCGUUCAGUGAACAACUCAGUUGUUUUUAUGGCAUCAUUGCUGCCGGAACCGAAGGUGGACAUGUUUAUUUAAUUGAUAUGUGUUUGGAUACUUAUGAUUUGUCUGAUGAGACAUUCCCCAACAGUUUGUAUUACAUCACACCUGAAACAGAUGCUGUACAGGCCCGACAUGAAGCACUUUCUCAAAGACAGGUCCUCUCUAUGGAAUUGGGGACUGAGGCUUUUAGUGCUGAUGACAUGUUUAAUUACCAAGGGAAUGAUGAAGACGUUGUCAAGCAAUUCAGUACAGAUGAUAUAUGUGUAACUUGUCUCAAAUAUAUGUCGCGCAAUGGCCUCUUGGCAGUUGGUUUUAGUUUUGGAUGUUUCCAGUUGUGGCGGCUUGCAGUACCAUUCUUAGAAUACAGUAGCCACAUAGAUGACUCUGGAGAUGUACCCAUAACACAUAUUGCUUACCAAGAGCCAGAAAACGAUCCAAAGUUUUUCACUUACAUUUGGGUCGCCCGUGGACUCCAAGUUUUCGCUUCUGACAAUGGUUAUGUGGCAAAUAUUUCUCUCUACCAACUCACUUUUAACAAGAGGAUAUGGCAAGCCAAUGAGGAGUAUUUCUAUGAAGAGAUGACCUCUAUUGGAAUACGCUUGGAACAUGACCUUUCCUGUGAUCCUUUGAUGCCCUCAAAGACAUUUUCGAGUAAUGUGAUCAGUUGCUUUACCCUGGAAGAUCCAAACUUUGUCCCCUCCCGAAUCUUUGAUGAAAGCCACGAAGAAGUUUGUUCCAGUCCUGACUUAAGCCUCAGUGUAUUUGUGUGGAAGGCAAUUGAUGGCUCCAAGAAUGGUACCACAUCAUACCAUCUGAGUAUAUUCGAUAUGAAUCGAUGGUACCAUUUACAAAUGCCUUCUACCCUCAGGACUUUACGUAGCUCUGGUGUUUGUCCCUUCAUGGCCUUUUGUUCCCUUGAUGAAGUUGUUGACUCUACAGUUGAUGAUGAGCUUCUGACUAUUUAUAUAAACCCAUCAACGGUUCGGAAAUUUCUUUGUGACCCCCUGGCUGCACAAGAACAGUUUUUCUACCCUGCAUCUCUUCAGUUUGAUGUUCUUUGUCUGAUGGAAAGUGGUUUACUCGGUGCGAAAUACCUUGGAAUGCAGCGUCAGGUUUUGAACACCAUCCAGAAGUUGGGUCCUUCCUGUUUGAUCGAACCAACUGAAAUAUACAAAAUGUGUUUGUUUGUUGGUUUAGUCCAUCGAUCCCAGGAGAACGCCCCACAGAGUUUCUCGAUUGUGGGUUUCCAGAGAGAAGCUUUGCUUUCUUUGUGCCUGGAGCACCACAUGGUAAACGUGACCCUGAAAUGUAUUGAUGAAUGGGCUGAAGGAGAAUUCACUGCCCAAAAGUGUACCCUGAAAUAUUUACUUGAUUGGAGUUGGAACAAAGUGGUUCAAAUCAAGGAAGCUAUAGACAGUAACACAAAACACUUCUUCGACUGGUCUGGCCUCCCUAUAGAUGACACAUGUAUCCAGGGUUUGCACCGAUGUCUACAGAAGUUCACCUACUUAGCUCAGAUAUUCCACAAGUUUAUUGCAAGUUCCGUGCCCACCACAGAGAAUGGGAUUGAAGAACUCAAACAGAAACUUGAUGCCUUACAACUUCUGUCUCAUCACUUGAAAGCUGUGAUAUGGUUUGUUGAAGCUGGUCUUCUGCCAGAGAAUGAUGAAUUGGCAAAUGAUACCCCUGGUCUCUAUAAAUACCCUCGGUUGAACCUGUUUGAAGAAUUCUCAAAACGUCGCACUGAGAUAAAGCAAUUAAACAGUGACCUAAAGCCUAACGAGUUACUAAUGAUAGACGGUUUAAUUGCUAACAUGGCACCGUCUGUCUAUGAUGUCUGGAAACAAGAUGGAGGAAAUGAAUUAUACCCACCACCAAGCAUAAGUUCCUUAACUGUUGUUUUUGCUUGGAUUUACUUCAAGGUCCCAAGACAUUCCUCCUCACACUUUCCCCCAAAAAGUGGCAAGUUUAUUGUUGGUUGUACUGGCCCAUGGUGGAUUAUACUAUUAAUGGCAUUACUCUAUAUCUACCUCCUGGAAGAUGUUUCAUUGAUCACCAAACAUUGUGUAGUUGGAUAUUUCUUUUUAGAUUUAGCCUCACUGGGAGUGGAAGACAACUCAAAGUUGGCUGCUAAAGUAACUGCUUUCUCUCAGAUCUUCUCCAUACCAACAGAAACCAUGAACCUUAUUACAGGAUUCUGGUUUCUUGACCACAAGGACUUUGAGGUUGCUUUCUACUCUUUGGUAAAAUCCUCUGUUUUUGGCCAAUGGCAGCAUCGACAAGUGAUAAAAUCUCUCUUGUAUCAAGAAGAAUAUAAACUGGCCCUACAGUACCUGGCUGUUAAAAAGCCUCCUCUGUCGUCUCCAGAGGAAAUCAAACUAAAGCUGACUACGUUUCUGUUCAAUGGAAUGACAGCCCAAGCUGUUGAAUUCUAUCGUUCUUGUUGUAACCAAACAAAUGCUGAAGACCUCAUCAGUCACAUCUUCCUUGGCUGCCAACAAAGGAAAAUCAUGGGUCAACUAGUGAAGCUGCCACUGACUGAGGCUGAAGAGAAGUGGUUGGAGAACUACCUAAUGACUAGUCCAGAGUUAAAUUCCAAAGAGGCGUUAGUUGUGUAUUAUCUGCAACGGGCCCGCUAUGUUGAUGCUAUAAGACUCAAUGAGAAAUUGAAAUCCAAAGACAUGAUUCCUGCUUUUACAGGAAUCCGGUUGAGAUUAUGUUUAGGCUAUUCCUGCCAGAGCAGCAACACAGCACAAUAG